UACUAGUGCAUCAGUGGAGGAAUAAGAAACAAGCCUAUAUUUAUAGCGAUUUUUUCACGCGGCGCGAAAGGAUUAAAAGACGAUAUUUAUCAGCGUAAAGAUAUAAAUAUAUUACAAAUCUUAAGAAGAACGGUAGCAUGUUUGCGGCGAUGUGAGAUAACGAGAGAAUGAUACGAAUGCGCUGACCGAGAGGGGAGCAAGAGGUGGACGUCGACUUGCGGGGUCGUCCAUCUCUUUCAUCUUUUUAUGUUUAUCAUUCUUCUACCGUCGGCGAGAAACGACAAGUGGUUCACGAAGUGAAGUAUUGUGAAGUGAUCGAAUCGAGCAAUGAGACGAGCGGAUCGAACGAUGAGCAUGACCCUGCGAGGGUCCAGGAGGGACUCUGAUAUCGUGUCCAACUUUGUACACAAGGAGCACCUCUUCAAGUUCCUCGUUAUCGGUGAUUACGGUGUCGGCAAAACUGCGCUGGUCAGAAGAUACACGGAAGGGAAGUUCUCCUCGAAUUACAAGAUUACCAUAGGCGCCGAUUUUGCGAUAAAAACGCUCGAUUGGGAUCCGCAAACUAAAAUUAACUUGCAGCUAUGGGACAUCGCUGGUCACGAGAGAUUCGGAUACAUGACGAGAGUCUAUUACAAAUACGCGGUGGCAGCGGCUCUUGUAUUCGACAUUUCACGUGCGGCGACCUUCCAGUCAAUGAAAAAGUGGCUGAACGAUCUCAGGGAGAAAGUCACGCUACCGGAUGGUUCGGGUAUACCAGUCGUACUCCUGGCGAAUAAAUGCGACAUAUCAGUCGCCGUGACCGAUGAGCAGAUCUCAAAAUUCUGCAAAGAGAACAAAAUAUAUGCCUGGUACGCGACUUCCGCAAAGAACAACACCAAUGUCGAUGCAGCGAUGCGCUACUUGGUGGAUAAGGUGCUGAGUGCGAGGCUCGACAAUGGUAUACGGGACUCGAUACGAUUACGACGCGAUAGCUCGUCAAAUCGCGAAAAAAUUAUGUGCUGCAAAUAGAGCGAUGCGUAGAUGAUCUUAAUUAAUUAAGAGUAUAUCGAGUACAUCGAGGAUCAAUCAACGGAAUGCUUCGGACAGAUAAUUAAGGGAUUCUCAAACAUGAUGGUUGUGUGACUGCACGACGAAGCUACGAAAAUAUAUCGUUGAAAUGUUUACUCAUUGUUAUUAAAUAUCACAAAAAAUAUAUAAUAUAUUAUUAAAGAAUACAUUACCAAAAGUUGAUCGAAGUUUCGAUUCUCCUUUUGCCGCAUAAAACAUAUAUUGCAUGCUGUAUAAAAUAAAAUAUUCAAAUAUAAUAAAUUAGACAAUAGUGAGAACUAAGUAAAAUAUGUUAUUCUUCACUGCGAGGCAGGCUCUCCAAAAAA